AUGCUCAUUCUUUUGACGCCCAAGAUGUAUCAGUUGAACGUUUUAAGAGUUCAGCGGGAGAUGUCGUCGUUAAAGAUCAGACAACUAAACCUGAUCAUUUUCAUUAUUAUUUCAUUUCAAAUGACCUAUUUGACUUUCAAAUGGACCGAAAGAGGGGGCCACACGAUGGAGGUGCGCUUGUUCGAUCAGGUCGAUUUCAUCUGUCCCUAUUACGACGACAACUUAAAAAGUGAUCAAAAGCGUUUUGAAAGGUACAUCAUCUACCAGGUUGAUGAAAAGAGUUACACGACCUGCCAUGCGGACGGAGCGGUUUUGAUACUGAACUGUAGCAGUCCCUUUGUUAAGAAGAGAUUCACGUUGCUGUUUGAAACCUUCCUGGCUAUUCCAAAUGUUCCUGAAUUUGUGGCUGGUGGCAAGUACUUUUUUCUAUCCACACCAGCCGACGCCAACAAGAAUAAGUCAGGACACAAUUCCAAAGAGGCAUGCCGGGAGAACAUGAAAAUCAUCGUUACCGUCUGCUGUUCAACUACUACAAAUACUGCAACUAUUACUACAACUGCUUCUACUGCCGUUAUUAUUACAACUGCUUCUGCUGCAGCUACUAUUACUACUGCAACUUCAACAACAACUACUUUUGAUUUUGCAAGCAAUAACGCCAUGUAUAACAAAUUUAAAAGAACUAAUGCUUCGAGCCUUUUGUUGGCCAGCUAUGGUAAAGUUCUUAAUCAGGAACUUUUAAUAAACCAUGCAAUUCCUGCUCUCCACCCGCUCCACCAUCCACCAACUUCACUAAACCCACCUCUCAACUGCUCAUCUUCUGAUCCAUUCUUAAACAUCUGA